CUGCAGAGCUCGCCUCCUCCCUGCGACAGGUUCUGCACGAGACGGGCUGCGCCGGCCAGGGGCUCAGCUCAUGGGAACCCGCCGGCCGGCGCGGCAGGUACGUCAACGAUUCUCGCAGCUCUCCGCUCUGACCUCUGACCGACGGCUGGCCCCAAACCCGCGGUUCAGCGUUUUAUCGUCAUCGAGUUCAGCUGGGAUGGAAAGAGAGCUCUACUGAAGAAAGGUGAACGAAGCUACAGAGCUUCAAGAAAAUAGGAAUAACCUAAACUAAAAUAGCACAGCAGAAUCUAAACCUGAGUUCUGCCGCGUACAAAGCCAUGGAUCAAACCACUGCGUACUUCACUCGCCGCCACAUUUAUGCUUUAGCAACUGAUGUUAAAAUUCGCCAUCAACAUCUUACCGCAAAAACAAAGGUGUUGUCAACAACAACAACAACAACAACAACAACUGGAGCUGGUUUCGACUCCCAGGUUCGUGAUGAAUAUUCACAACUUGUCUUACAGGCUCUGGCUGUUCUUCUCCCGUUCCCAGCAACAUUCUCAGCAUAUGCAGCUACGAAGACAAAAUACCGCUUGACUGGAUCUGCACCUGAUAUGCAUCUUCGGCUGUUUUCUUUCGUGCCUAACACUGAACAAUUGAUCAAAAAUAAGAAAACAUCAUACCUACCAUUAUAUGGAAACAAUUUUAUCAAUUAA